AUGACAGUUGCUGCACCUCCUCCUGUGCCCCCUGUGCACGAAAAUGGAAUGAAUGGCAGCAUCCCCGGGCACCAUGUCAACCUCAGUCUCCCUCGAUUUCACCCCAUUGCCAUGAACCCCGGCCAGCCAGUACCCCCCGAGUCCAUGAUGCACGGCCACCAGCACUAUCGACCCUACCCUCCACCUCCUCCAAUGUCAGAGCAAGGUCCGCCGGUCCCUCCAGGCCCACCGACACCGCACGCACCCCCGGGUAUAGAUCACAUUGAGGCCCGUCUGAGACAACUGGAACAUGAAGAAGCUGCUCGUAUGGCGGCUCGUAGCCACCUGCUUGCUAUCCGGAAGCGAGAGGAUGAGGAAUUCCGUAGGAUGACCGAAAACGCCGAGGCAGAAGAAGAGGAGCUGCGUAGGCAACGGAAACGAUUGAAGCGGGAAUCAAUGGGCCUCUAUAAUCCGAGUUUGGAAUCCCCGCCUCUUCGUCCUACGCCGCCGCGCCGUUUGUCCGAGACAAAUGCAGCCACCACCCUCGCCUAUUUCAAGCAACAAACACCCCCGGAACCUCGUACCAUUGCUCAUCCGCCCCCGCCGCAAGCACAGAUCCCUCCUCCACACCCUCAACAACAACAACAACAACAACAACAACAACAACAACAACAACAACAACCUCAACACAUGCAUCAUGAUCCUACUGGCGCCGGCUCGAUUCGACGGAAACAAAAAUAUACAAUCAAAAACGUAGAAGCGUGGGGAGAGCGCCACGGCAGACCAGCUGCGCACGACCCGUCAGGAAGGGCUCUCUGGAAGCGCCCCUCGGACGGUAGUCUAGUCUACCUGACCUGCCCCGUAUCGGGCUGCGGCAAGGCCGACUUUGUGACGCUCCACGGAUUCAUGUGCCACCUCACAAAGAAGCACAAGGACCGCAGCCUAGGCAGCCAAUCCCGCGCCCUCGAGGUCUGUGGCGUCGUCUACGACCCCAGCACACCUUUACCUCCCGUCCCCAACGGAAACCGCGCCUCGACAGAAGAGUCACGCCUCGACUCAGCCGCCGACCAAGAAGGGUACCCGCAGGACAUGGAAUACUCCUCUGCAUCGGACAACGAGAGCACCGGGCACUCCAUCCCCGUCGUCAAGACCGAGGCAACCGAUAAACCGCUUCCCCCUCCUGCCCUCCUAACUCCCUCCGAGGAAUACCCUCCCCCGGCGCCCAAGAUAAACGGCUCCACCAAGCACUCCAUCUCCUCACUCAUCGACCGCGACCCUGAACAUGAGCCUCGAGACCGCACAGUCUCCCCUCUCCCUCCUCUCUAUAGCGCCGCCGCGAAUCCCGAGCCGGUGCCGGUGCCGACUCCCCAGGCUGGAGCUGGUCUCUCUGGGCCGCAGGAGUCCGACAAGGAGGCUGUUGAAAGAGAGGAGGGCAAAUAA